UCCUCUCAUUCAACAUGGCGUCCUAGAGCAGUGUCCAUGCUCGUUUGUUGACAUAUAUUUAUACAUUAAACUCAUGCUACAUUAGUGGAAGUACAGCUACUAAAACCAUGUCGAGACUCAUCAUUAAAAACCUCCCUAAUGGGAUGAAGGAGGAGAGGUUCAGGUCCAUGUUUGCUGCCUUUGGCACAGUGACAGACUGCUCUCUGAAGUUCACCAAGGAUGGGAAGUUCCGUAAGUUCGGCUUUGUGGGGUUUAAAGCCGAGGAAGACGCGAACAACGCUCUGAAACACUUCAACAAGAGCUUCGUGGACACAUCCAGAGUGACGGUUGAGAUGUGUAAGGCGUUUGGAGACCCCACUAAAGCCAAAGCCUGGAGCAAACACACCCAGAGCCUCGAAAAACCCUCCACCCCUGCUGACUCAGACAGCAAGAAGAAAAAUAAACAGAAAAAGGAAACCAACGGAACCUUGGAAAUUCUGGAAGAGGACCAGGGGUUCAAGGAGUUUCUGUCGGUACAUCAGAACCGAAGCCAAGCACCGACCUGGUCCAAUGACACUAUGCAGCAGCUGCAAACUGAUCCUGAUGCUGCAGUGGUGAAGACUCAGAGCAAGAAAAAGGUUGCUUCUGAUGAUUACCUUAACUUCGAUUCAGACGAGUCAGAGGAGGAGGAGGAGGAGAAGGAGGAGGAGGAAGAAGAGGGUGAAGCUGAAGGUGCCACUAAAGAAGCCAUGAAGUCUGGUUUAUCAGACAUGGAUUAUCUGCGCUCAAAGGUGGCACAGACAGAGGACACCAUGGAGGAGAGUAAGGAGAAGCGAGAUGGUGAAGAGGAGGGGGAGGAGGAUGAUGAAGAUGAUGAUGGUGUUCCUGCGCAGCACACAGACAGCGCCUAUGAGAGCGGUGACAAAGAAAACCUCUCAAAGACCAAAACCUUAGUUUCCUCUGGGGAUGAGAAGCAAAGCAAAGUAAAGAAAACGGCCAAGCAAGAGAUGGAGCCGACAACAGAAUUUACAGUGAAGCUUAGAGGAGCCCCGUUCAACGUGAAGGAGCAACAAAUUCGGGAGUUCAUGUUGCCCCUGAAGCCUGAAGCAAUCAGGAUUGGGAAAAACGAAAGUGGGAAUAGAACAGGGUAUGUGUAUGUGGACCUGCACUCUGAUGAACAGGCGGAAAAGGCUUUGAAGAAGAAUAAGGAUUACAUAGGUGGGCGUUACAUUGAGGUCUUCCGUGUGGACCCCAAUGGGGGUAAGGGGAAGAAAGACAGAAAGGACAAGGACAUUGACAGAAGCUUUACCAGGAAGCUCAAGGACGAUGAAGAGGAGGAAGAUGUUGCAGAGUCCGGUCGACUCUUCGUCAGGAACCUUCCUUACACCUGCACAGAGGAAGAGAUCAAAGAGCUUUUUGCUAAACAUGGUCCUAUAUCUGAGAUACUUUUCCCCAUUGACAAUCUGACCAAGAAACCGAAAGGAUUUGCUUUUGUGAUGUACAUGAUACCAGAGAAUGCUGUGACUGCUCUGGCUCAGCUGGACGGACAUAUAUUUCAGGGCAGAAUGCUUCACCUGCUGCCCUCCACCUUGAAGAAGGAGAAGACGGACUCAGACGCUGGUGGUCCUGGCUCUUCCACUUACAAACGGCAAAAAGAUGCUAAAAAUAAAGCUUCAAGUUCCAGCUCCCACAACUGGAACACCCUAUUUCUGGGCACAAGUGCAGUGGCAGAUGCCAUUGCUGACAAAUACAACACGACAAAAAGCAAAGUCCUGGACCAUGAGUCAAAGGGAAGUCUUGCAGUGAGGAUGGCCUUGGGAGAGACGCAGAUUGUACAGGAGACUCGACAGUUUCUUCUGGACAACGGUGUCAGUCUGGAUUCCUUUAGUCAGGCAGCAGCAGCGAGGAGUACAUCUGUGAUCCUGGUGAAGAAUCUUCCAGCUGGUGUGACGGUGGGAGAGUUGGAGGAGCUUUUUUCUCCUCAUGGCUCUUUGGGCCGAGUGCUGCUGCCGCCCUCCGGCCUCACCGCCAUCAUCGAGUUCCUCGAGCCCACCGAGGCGAAACGAGCCUUCACACGGCUGGCCUACAGCAAGUUCCAACACAUCCCGCUGUAUCUGGAGUGGGCUCCUGUUGAUGUGUUUGUGGCAGGCAGACCAGAACCAGGUAUAAUCUCUCACACAUUGUUUAACAUACUACACAAACCUUUCAAGUUGUUUUUUUUGUACUAAUUGAAAUAACCUAAAUGUAUUUUUUUCCACCAAGUAUUAGAAAAGGAGGAGGCAAUGAAAGAGAAAAAGGAAGAGGAAGAGGAAGAAGAAGAGGAAGAGGAAGAGGAGGAGGAAUCUGCUCCUGGUUCUACACUUUUCAUCAAAAAUCUUAAUUUCAGCACAACAGAAGAGACACUACAGGAAACAUUCGCCAAAUGUGGAAAGAUCACUUCCUGCACCAUCUCAAAGAAGAAAGAUAAAACAGGCAACAUGUUAUCCAUGGGCUACGGUUUUGUUCAGUAUCAGAAAGCGGAGGCAGCACAGAAGGCCCUGAGGACACUGCAGCACUGCUCUGUGGAUGAUCACCAGCUAGAGCUCAAGGUCUCUGAGAGAGCCACAAGGACUCCUGAAGUUUCACGCAAGAAGAAACAAAAAGACAAGAAACAGACGGGAUCCAAAAUCCUCGUGCGAAACGUCCCCUUCCAAGCCACCGUCCGGGAAAUUCGAGAACUCUUCUGUACUUUUGGAGAGCUGAAGACAGUCCGUCUUCCAAAGAAAGCCGCUGGUUCAGGGAAUCAUCGAGGCUUCGGCUUUAUUGACUUCAUCACCAAACAGGACGCCAAGAAAGCAUUUGCUGCACUGUGUCACAGCACCCAUCUGUACGGCCGACGCCUCGUGCUGGAGUGGGCUGACGCGGAGGAAACAGUGGAGACACUGAGGCGGAAAACAGCUGAACAUUUUCAUGUUGCCAACAAAAAGCAGCGACAGUCAGAAGUCAUGGAGGGAAUUGUGGAGAACAUGGAAACCGGAGGCGAUGCAGAAGACUGAAUCUGCCCACCAUCACUGUCCCUGCCGACUCUUUGACUCUGACCAGUGUCGCCCUUUGUCUUUUUUUAAAUAGGACUGUGAACAAAAUAAGGACUGGUUGGCAAAAGGAGAUAAUUAUUAAUAAUGUCUCAGCUGGUGGAUGUUUUGUGGAACUUCUAGAUUUCUUACAAUGUUUGGUGUAGAAUGAUCCUCAAAAUAAUUUAAAUGGUUUGAUUUCAGUUUUUAUAUAAAAUGUUAUAUCGUG